GGGAGCGUUUCGGUUACCUCUCGCCUCCCUUUUGCGGCGUCGGCCAUUCGGCGUGAAUAAAUCGGCUCUCUCCUUUGGUGAUUUGAGAGAGGAGAGGAGAGGAGAGGAGAGGGAGGGCUGGAGGAGAGCAGGAGAGAGACGGGGAGGGCACGAUCGUACCAGUUGGGAGUCCGGCAUCGGAUCCAUCUGGGCGUCGCCCGUCAGGUGCCGCCGCGCCGGUGGAUUGGAUUGGACGACGGCGGGGUCCCUUGCCUUCGCAAUCCAAUCCAAUCCGGUCCAGUCCUUGAGAGGGGACUGGAGUGAUCCCAUUCCUUCCCUCUCUCCAUCCACACUCCAUCCACAUGGCGCCGCCGGCGCCGGCGCCGCCGCCGCAGGGGAACCUCACCACCAGCGACGCCCUCACCUACCUCAAGGACGUCAAGGAGAAGUUCCAGGACAGGCGCCACAAGUACGACGAGUUCCUCGAGGUCAUGCGCGAUUUCAAGAGCAACAAGAUCGACACCGCCGGCGUCAUCCUCCGCGUCAAGACCCUGUUCCAUGGCCACUCCGACCUGAUCCUCGGCUUCAACGCUUUCCUCCCCAAGGGGUACGAGAUCAAGCUCGAGGACCUCGACAAGAAGCCCGUCGAUUUUGCCAUGGCCAUCAGCUUUGUCAACAAGAUUAAGAGCCGAUUCCAGCAGGAGGACCAUGUCUACAAGUCAUUCCUCGGAAUCCUCAACAUGUACCGCAUGCAUAACAAGCCCAUCCAAGACGUUUAUGAGGAGGUCGCGACACUGUUCCAUGGCCAUCCUGAUUUGCUUGAGGAGUUCAAGCAUUUCUUGCCUGAAAACCCCACGCCUCCACAGGCAGCCACCGUCUCUAGAGUCAGACAUGAUGAGAAGAACACUACAAUGCAUUCUGCUAGGAGUGUUCAGACCAUCAAGAGGGAGAGAGCUUUUCCGCCAACUGCUGAUCCUGACUCCAGUGUUGAUCGCCCUGAUCCUGAGCAUGUUGUCCAGAGGUGUACUGAGGAGAAAAAUCGUAAUGCCUGCCACAGUCAGGAUAGAAGAGAUUAUGAAACGAAUGAUAAAUAUGACAAUAGAGAGCUAUAUGGCCGUAAACCACAAAGAAAGGUGGAGGGUACAGGUGAUGAUACACUAGGGGGGCCUAGCACCUCUCCUUUACCAUUCAAUGAUAAUUAUGUACUGAAAAGUUCAAACACACAAGAGUUUCACUUUUGCGAAAAAGUGAAGGUGAAGCUAGAGCCCGAAGCUUACCAAAAGUUCUUGAAAUGCCUUCACAUAUACAGCCAAGAAAUAAUUACAAGAAGUGAAUUGAAAAGAUUGGUAAAGGACAUACUUCAGCACUACCCCGAUCUUGUGAAUGGAUUCAAUGAAUUCUUGGAACACUGUGAAAACAUAGAUGGCUUUCUGGAAGGAAUCUUAAAGGAAAGGCAAACAUCACGGACAGUUAAGACUAUGGAAAAAGAUAGAGACAAAGAGCAUGAUGGGCAGGGAGAUCCUGAGAAAGAGAGAUAUAAGGAAAGGGGAAAACCUGAAAAAGCAUCGCCAUUCAAUUCUAAGGAAGGAGCUAGUCACAAAGCUACUGCAUUCCCAAGCAAAGAAAAAUAUAACUUAUGCAAACCAAUAUCAGAGCUUGAUCUGUCAAACUGUCAGCGGUGCACUCCAAGUUACCGACUUUUGCCUAAAAAUUAUCCAAUGCCUCCUGCGAGCAACCUGACUGACAUCGGAGCUGCAGUGCUUAAUGAUCUCUGGGUAUCAGUGACCUCAGGAAGUGAAGACUAUUCAUUUAAGCACAUGCGCAAAAAUCAGUAUGAAGAAAGCUUGUUUAGAUGUGAAGAUGACAGGUUUGAGCUGGACAUACUGUUGGAAUCCGUUAAUUCCACAAUUAAGCGGGUUGAAGAGUUGGUAGAAAAGAUGGACAAAUCACUUAAACCAGACAGCUCUAUCCACAUUGAUGAACAUUUGACUUGUCUGAAUAUGAGGUGCAUUGAGCGGGUAUAUGGUGACCAUGGACUUGAUGUCGUGGAUGUUCUUCGCAAAAACGCUGAUGUGGCAUUACCAGUUAUUUUAACCAGGCUUAAACAAAAGCAGGAGGAAUGGUCAAGGUGCCAGUCAGAUUUUAAUAAAAUUUGGGCUGAAAUAUAUGCAAAAAAUUAUCACAAGUCUCUUGACCAUCGCAGUUUCUAUUUCAAACAACAAGAUACAAAGAAUCUGAGCGCAAAAGUUCUGUUGGCUGAGAUUAAAGAAAUCAAUGAGAAGAAAAGGAAGGGGGAUGAUGUGCUACUUGCAGUUGCAGCUGGCAACAGGCGGCCUAUAGUUCCCAAUAUGUCAUUUGAGUAUGUAGAUUCAGACAUUCACGAAGAUCUUUACCAGAUCAUCAAAUACUCUUGUGGAGAACUCUGCAGUUCUUCAGAUCAAGUUGACAAAGUUAUGAGAAUCUGGACAACAUUUUUGGAGCCUAUAUUGGGUAUUCAACAUCGAGGUCAUGGCACUGAAGAUGCAGGUAUGGUGAAAGCAAAGAGUCGAGCCAGAAAAGUUGGUUUGGCAUGUGGUGAGAAAAGAAAUAAUGCAACACCAAAUGGUACAGUUGCUGUUAAGCCUGCCAAUGGUGAUGAAAAUAUUCUAAAGGAAUGUGUACAACCUCCUCGUGCUAUAUUUGUAAAUGAAGCUACAGCAGACGCCCAAGAUUGUUCCCAUGAAGGUGAGCAAACUUUCGGCAGAGGUGAUGACCUACCAAACGCUGCACUGCAUGGAAGAGUACAAAACACCAGUUCUGCAGCUGACAAAGUAGCUACUGCACAAAACAACUCCACCAAAGGAUCUGUGGGGAACACUGAUCUUUCUCCAAGUGAAAAAAAUCAGUGUAGAGCAAAUAUGGACCUUGUAGCAGGUAAUACUACCUCUGCUGGAGCUAAGGCUGUGGUUGAAAUGAAGGGUGGGAAUGAAACAAUUCCAUCUACAGGGAAAAGAGAAGCUGGGACGAUCAAAUCUUUGUAUGGAGUGGGUGCUAAUCCAUUUAAUAAAUAUUCUGGUUCACACAACAAUUUAAAGCCAGAAAGAGAAGAGGGUGAAUUAUCUCCUAAUGGUGAUUUUGAAGAGGAAAACUUUGGUGUUUUCCAAGUUGAAGCUUCAGAUGGAACUUCUAAACUAAAGGAAGGUUCAGCCUGCAGACCUCUCCAGGGUAGACAUAAGGAAGUUGUCAAGUUUGCUGGCGAAAAUCAUGAUGAUGCAGAUGAUGAAGGUGAUGAGAGUGCCCAGAGGUCUACAGAGGAUAGUGAAAAUGCAUCUGAGGCUGGUGAAGAUGCCUCUGGCAGCGAAUCUGGUGGUGGCGAGGAAUUUUCUCGAGAAGAUCAUGAGGAAGAAGAGGAUGAUAUGGACCCUGAUACGAAUGCCCAAAGUGAGGGUGGGGCAGAGGUUACGGAUGCACAAGAUCUGGAUGUAGGAAUAUCACUGCCAUUUUCAGAACGUUUGCACAGCACAGUUAAACCACUUUACAAGUAUGUUGCCUCCACAUUACAAAACCAUGAUGAUAAAGAUACACAUAUAUUUUAUGGAAAUGAUUCGUUUUAUGUUCUGUUCAGGCUACAUCAGAUCUUAUAUGAGAGAAUAUUGUCAGCUAAGACAAACUCUUCCACAUCAGAGAAGAAGUGGAAGGCUUCAAAGGAUACAAAAUCUUCAGAUCAAUAUUCGAAGUUUAUCAGUGCCCUAUACAGCUUGCUUGAUGGUUCUUCUGACAGCACCAAAUUUGAAGAUGACUGCCGCUCCAUCAUUGGGACUCAAUCCUAUGUUCUCUUUACUUUAGAUAAACUGAUAUACAAAGUUGUGAAGCAGCUUCAAGUAGUAGCAUCUGAUGAAAUGGACAACAAGCUUCUCCAGCUUUAUUUGUAUGAAAAGUCCAGGUCUCCUGGGAGAUUCCUUGAUCUGGUAUAUCAUGAAAAUGCACGUGUCCUUCUCCAUGAUGAGAGCAUAUACCGAUUUGAAUGCCAUUCAAAUCCUACAAGAUUAUCUGUUCAGCUCAUGGAGUAUGGGAAUGAAAAACCUGAAGUGACCGCUGUCACAUUUGAUCCAACCUUUUCACAAUAUCUUUAUAAUGAUUAUCUGUCAAGUAUUCCAGAUACCAAAUUGGCUGAUGAUGUCUUCCUUAGGAGGAAUAAGCGGAAGCAAGGGGGAAAUGAUGAUUCCCCAGCUUCAUUGAAGACCAUGGACAAUAUCAUGUUUGUCAAUGGUCUUGAGUGCAAGAUAUCUUGCAAAACCUCAAAGGUUUCCUAUGUCCUUGACACUGAGGAUUUCUUAUUUCGUAUGAGGAAGAGGAGGAGAGCUCCAUCUAGUGGAACCAUGCCUGCAAAGGCAAAUUUUGCGAAAGCUUACAGUGUAAAAUCACAAGAAUUUCAUAGAUUUCUCUCCAGGCCGUAGGGUCUUGUGGCAGCAUUAGGGUAAUUAUAAUGACAUGUACAGUUUGGGAGCCUUCUGAGCACUGUUGUUCGAGAAAAAGAAAGAGAGUACUGUUGUUGCUGAUUUGUCACUUUAUUGGAAUAUGCUUGCUGCCCAAUUACGGCAGCAUUAUCUGUUGAAUGAUUCUUUGUGAUUUGCUCUCCUAGCAAUUAUGAACAUGUGUGCUGUGGA